UUUUUUUUCCACAGGGCUUUGUUAGACUGAGGCGCAGGGUGAGGUGGACUGAUAAACGCUGGUGUUCGGUUUGCCUUUUUAAAUAACAUAUUUUAUCCACAUUAAGCACGUUUUUUUUUUAGCUCCAUGGAUCUUUUCCUGUCUGGAAUUAUGCUUUUGCUGGGAAAAACGGUUUUCUUUGGAAUUUAUCUGAUGCCGAUUGUGCUGGAAUAUUACUGUGGAGCCGUGACCGGGCAGAUCUCCUACUCCGUGCCAGAGGAGGUAAAUCCGGAAACGUCUGUUGGCAAUUUGGCCAAAGAUCUGAACCUGAACGUGCAGGAUUUGGAGUCGCGCAUGUUUCAGAUAGUAACCGGAUCAAAGAAGAAAUAUUUUGACGUCAACUUAAAGUCGGGAUCGCUCUAUGUCAGUGAGAGAAUAGACAGAGAGGAGCUCUGUGCCAAAGCUACAAAAUGCGCUCUGAAUGUGGAGGCUGUGAUUAAUAACCCAUUGAAGCUUUAUCGGAUAGAAGUUCAUAUUAUUGAUGUAAAUGAUAACGCCCCAUCUUUUAACGCAAAAUCACAAACGAUCGAAAUUGCAGAAAGUGUAUUACCAGGAGCCACGUUCCCUGUGCUUUCCGCUUAUGAUGCUGAUGUGGGGAAAAAUGAUAUUAGCACGUACAGGCUCAAACCUAAUGAAUAUUUUUCCUUAGCUGUGCACAAAGGUGAGAGUGUGUCAGCGGAGUUAGUUCUUCAGAAAGCAUUAGACCGUGAAAAACAAGCUCUGAUUAAACUUACGCUGACUGCACUAGACGGAGGGACACCAGCGAGAUCAGGCACGUCAGAAAUCAUAAUUUAUAUUUUAGACAUUAACGAUAAUAUUCCAAUAUUCACUAAAACCUUAUACAAAACAAGUAUAACAGAAAAUGCACCACUUGGCACUACUGUAGUAACUGUUUCUGCAGCUGAUACUGACGAUGGCUUAAACAAAGAGAUUGGAUAUUCACUAAAUUCAAAAGAUCAGGACCACGUCCUGGAAACCUUUGAAAUCCAUUCUGAAACAGGAACAAUAACAGUCAAAGGAGCGAUUGAUUUUGAGAAAAAUCCCGCUUUUGAAAUCCGCGUGCGGGCCACAGACAAAGGCCAUCCUCCGCUCAAAGCUCAGUGUAAAGUGCUGGUGGAGGUGGUGGAUCUCAAUGACAAUGCGCCUGACAUCACCGUGACGUCACUGCUCAGCAGCGUUAAAGAAGACGCUGAAAUCGGUACAGCGGUGGCACUGGUUUCAGUUCUGGACAGAGACGGAGGCAGAAACGGCGAAGUUAAAUGUGAAAUAUUGACUUCCGCUCCUUUUAAAUUAGACACUAACUAUAAAAACUACUAUUCUUUGGUCAUCAGUGAUAAACUGGACAGGGAACUCAUUUCUCAAUAUAACAUCACUAUUAAAGCAACAGAUGAGGGCAGCCCACCUCUCUCUAACACAGGCAAUGUGAUGAUUCAAGUUUCUGAUAUAAAUGAUAACAAGCCAGUGUUUUCAGAAGCUGUCAUAAAUAUUUAUGUGAGAGAAAACUGUCCGGUUGGGACACUUUUAAAAACUGUCUCUGCAACCGAUGCAGAUGUUAAUGAAAACGGUCACAUGACCUAUUCAACUGUUAGAGAUAAUAAUUUAGUGUCCCUGUCUACAAUGGUAAAUAUUAACUCGGAGACCGGAGACAUAAUCAGUCUGCAGUCUUUUAACUAUGAGGAGCUAAAAUCAUUUCAGUUUGAAGUUCAGGCCACAGACUCUGGUGUUCCUCCGCUCAGCAGCAACGUGACUGUAAAUGUUUUAAUCCUGGAUGAGAAUGACAACAGUCCCACUAUUCUGGCUCCUUAUUCUGAGCUCGGUUCUGUUAACAGUGAGACCAUCCCCUAUUCUGCUGAGGCGGGACUUUUUGUGACAAAAAUCAGGGCUGUGGAUGCAGAUUCUGGAUACAAUGCGCUGCUUUCUUAUCAGCUGUCUGAGCCCAAAGGAAACAACRUGUUCAGGAUCGGAACCAGCACCGGGGAGAUCAGGACUAAGAGGAGAAUGAGUGACAACGACCUGAAAACUCACCCCUUGGUGGUGCUGGUUUCUGAUAACGGUGAACCUUCUCUGUCAGCUACUGUGUCUGUUGAUGUGGUGGUGGUUGAAAGCUCAGCUGACAUCCAGACUCCGUUCAGACACGUGCCUAUAAAGGAGGACAGCUUCUCUGAUCUCAACCUGUAUCUGCUGAUCGCCAUCGUGUCGGUGUCGGUGAUCUUUCUGCUGAGUCUCAUCAGUUUAAUAGCUGUCAGAUGCCACAGGACAGARGGCUCUUUCAGCAGGUACAGCGCCCCAAUGAUCACCACCCACCCUGACGGGAGCUGGUCUUACUCUAAAGCUACUCAGCAGUAUGACGUGUGUUUCAGCUCAGACACACUGAAGAGUGACGUAGUGGUUUUCCCCGCCCCGUUUCCACCUGUAGAUGCUGAACUCAUCAGUAUUAAUGGAGGAGACACUUUUACCAGAACUCAGACUUUACCUACAUCAGAAAAGGUAGGCAGUUCAUUUGAUUUUGUUUAA